GCGCAGUUGCAGCUCACCAGGGCUGGCGCCUGUGUGGAUAACAUCGGACACAUUUGAGAUCUGAAUUGUUUAUUCCGUCGACAAUCCCCGGGAGGUAGCCGCCCGGGGUGCUCUCUGCGAUUCCCUGCCCCGCUUCCAUCCAUCCAGUUGUGAGCGGCGGCACAUGAUCCACGUCUCCUCCACGAAGACCGGUUUCCGUUUUAAGGAUCGCGACACAUACUUCGCCUUCAGUGCAUUUGGCCAACAAAUAUCAUGUCGGUCUUGAGGGAAACCUUCGAUCGGGGGCACAUCGAGACGGCCCUGCGCUGGCUGGACCGAGCAAUCGGACAGUCCGAAAUCCUCGCUGACGUCAUUCCGAUCCACACGGUGUCGUACGGCGGAAUGCUCUCAGUGUGCCUUUUUGGCAACCGGGCAGCGACAAAGGACAUUGACGUGUUGCUCCCGUCCAACGUCCGAGACUCGCAGGUCCACCGAGCCGAGUUUACACGCUUGGUGAACGGGGUCGCAGGGGAGCUCAGCUAUAUGCGUGAUUGGAUCAACGACGACUUGCGACUCUUCGUUCCCAUCGAGGGGAGGCAGAAGCUAUUGGAGGACAGCAUUGAGCAGGGGACAGCUGUCUUCGAGGGCGACAACCUGGUGAUAUGGGCGGGGUUGUGGGAAUUCGGCCUGGAGUCUAAGCUUGAUCGAAUCGACAACAAUGAAGGCCGAACUCAGUCAGCCAGGGCGAGGCUCGAAAAAGACACGUCAGACGCGGUUGAGCUGGUCCAUCUCCUGAGGGGAUCCUCGGCCCACCCUUUGGACAAGGCGUGGGUCAUGGGGCUGGCGCGGUUCGGUCCUCACGCCCCCUUUCACGAGGCAGUCGAGGCGGUCGCCCAAGCGUACGCAGUGAAGUAUGGCGUGCAGGGCAUAGUCGAGUUGGUGUGGGAUGCAGCAGAGGGAAAGCACAAGUAUCAGGACUUGGCAGGUCAAUGGGUAUGGUACGAAUGAAGAUGAAAGGGGUCAAAGCAUGGUCAUGAGCCGGCUUCCUUUAGCAGAUUGGCGUGGAUACGUAGGGCGUCUGAUGAGUUGGUAUCAAUUGGUAUCAAUAUCUAACGCCCGAAUGUCAGUCUUUCCGCCGCGCAGUUAGACGGUCCUUAGCGCCGAGGUGUCGGCAAAGAUGUUGCGCUUCCAAAAGGCGCACAAGUCGCCAGAAUAUUUGACUCUAUUUU